AUGGUGCUUCAUGGGAUGUUCCUCGCCCAUUUCAUGUACCAGACGAAGCUCGAGUGCCACUUUUUCAACAGGACGCAGCAGGUGCGCUACCUGGACAGGGACAUCUACAACCGGCAGGAGAUCGCCCACUUCGACAGCGACCUUGGGAAACACGUGGCCCUCACCCCGUUGGGGCACUUUGUGGCCGACUCUCUCAACAGAGGGCCGAAGUGGAUUCCUUCUGCCGGCACAACUAUGAGGUCCAAGCCCACCGUCACCAUCUCCCCCACCAAGAUGGACCCCGGUUCCCCCAACACCGUCCUCCUCUGCACCGCGACGGGCUUUUACCCCCUGGAGAUCGACGUCCAGUGGCUGAAGAACGGGCGGCCGGAGAAGGAGGGCAUCGCCUUCGGGGAGGAGCUCCAGAAUGGAGACUGGAUCUACCAGCUCCAGGUGAUGCUGGAGACCCAGCCCCAGCGUGGGGACAUCUACGCUUGCAAGGUGGGGCACGCCACCCUGGAGGCCCCCAUCAUUGUCCAGUGGGAGCCACGUUCCUCCAACGCUGCCAAGAGCAAGCUCUGGAUGGGGGCUGUGGGGGCUGUGGUGGGGGUGGUCUUCCUGGCCGUGGGGCUCUCCCUCUACCUGAAGAACAAGAAAACAACUCCCAUCCAGCAACCCGCAGCACUCAUGAGUUAAUCCUGCUAUCCCUUCCUG